CUUGUCAGACUGCCAGCUGUUCUGGCAAAGUUUGGAUUGUUUAUUAUUUAUUUAAAUAUAUUUAUUAGAACAAAACAAUCCAGAAUAGAAUUAGUCAGCAAUCAUCGACAAAUUGUCACUCUUUUGCGAGAGUAAAAAUGGAAUUAAUUCGCACUCCCAAGGUUGAAAAAGUGCGUAUGUUGGACAGAUAUUCAAAAUCUUCAUCCCAGGGUACUUUAUAUUUGACUGCAACCCACCUAAUUUUUGUCAAUCCUGAUGCAAAAAAGGAAACAUGGGUGCCCCAUAUGCAUAUAGCAACCUUGGAAAAGCAGCCAUUAACAACAACCGGCUCUCCGCUUUUGAUAAGAACCAAAACGUUCCUAUCGGUUACUUUCGUUAUACCCAAAGAGAGAGAAUGUCAUGAUAUUUUCAUAACUCUGCAGCAAUUGUCUCAGCCAAGCAAUGUUGAAGAACUGUACUGCUUCACCUACAAGUCCGAUGAGAUUCCAAAGAAUGUAGGUUGGAAUUUCUUUGAUUUACAAGCCGAAUAUCAGAGGAUGGGCGUCCCAAACGAUCAAUGGGCAUUGACUAAACUUAAUAAAGACUAUGAGCUAUGUGAUACAUAUCCAAAGUAUCUUUAUGUUCCCGCAUCGGCCACCAAGACUACGUUGAGAGGUAGUUCAGGCUUUCGGUCCAAAGGCAGAUUGCCAGUAUUAUCUUAUCUGUACCAUAACAAGGCGAGUAUUAGCAGAUGCAGCCAACCGUUGUCCGGAUUUAGUGCUCGUUGCGUUGAAGAUGAAAAAAUGUUGAAUCAUGUACUGCGAACAAACCCGAAUGCAACUUUUAUGUAUGUAGUUGACACCAGGCCUAAGAUCAACGCAAUGGCCAAUCGAGCGGCAGGAAAGGGCUACGAGAACGAAGCUUUUUAUGAAAAUAUCAAGUUUCAUUUUCUGGGAGUUGAAAACAUUCAUGUAAUGAGAAAUAGCCUGCUGAAGGUGGUGGAAACUUGUGAACAGAAGAAUCCAACCAUGAACAGUUUUCUUAGUGGACUUGAGUCUAGCGGCUGGGUGAGACACAUCAAGUCCAUACUUGACACGUCGCUCUUUAUAGCAGAAGCUUUGGAGGAAGGAAUCAGUGUUGUGGUACAUUGCUCAGACGGCUGGGAUAGAACUGCACAAGUUUGCUCGAUUGCAACAUUACUUCUGGACCCCUACUAUAGAACUAUAUCAGGCUAUCAGGCGCUGAUUGAAAAGGAUUGGCUUGCUUUCGGCCAUAAGUUCUCAGACAGAUGUGGCCACAUUCAAACGGAAAGUAAGGAAAUUUCUCCCAUUUUUACGCAACUUCUGGACGCCACAUGGCAGCUGAUGCAGCAGUUUCCUUGCACAUUCCAGUUCAAUGAUAAUUUCUUGUUGACUAUUCACGACCACGUUCAUUCCUGCCAAUCUGGCACUUUUGUCGGGAAUUGUGAGAAAGACAGGGUUGACUUAAGAGUGUGGGAGCGAAGUUAUUCCUUAUGGGGCUUGAUGGCGAACCACUUGGAUGAAUACCUAAACCCUUUAUAUGAUGCUAAUGAAACUCCUGGCGCACUAAGCCCGCAACUGAUACCACAGAACAUCAGAUUCUGGAGGGGAAUGUACUACAGAUUUGAAAGCGGCGUUCAUCCAAGAGAAUCAACAGGCGAUCUACUUGUCACUACUGCCGAUCAUUCUUUUUCACUCGACGACCAUGUAAAGUAUCUGGCAAAGAGAAUAACAUCCGUGAAAAACCUGAUAUCCAAAACGAUGGAGAAGAAAAAAACAAAGCCGACUAAAAUGCAACUUUGCAACAACGUGCACCUGGAUAAUAAACUGAUGUAUGAAAAGGCAACAUCUGAAUUAGAAAAUGCUGAGCAUGAUCAUCCGCUCAAAAGUACGAUUUUCAACUGUUCACUAUCAUUUUUUACAAUGGUUUGUUCGUUAGGUGAAAUAUUAAAUGGUAUUGAUAGUCAAGAUAUUCCCAAAAUUGAUGAACUCUCAAAAGACUUUGAUUCGGUGGCAAUUGACUGGAAGGCAAUGAGAAGUUCCAAUGAAUGCAACUGCACUUCAGCGUUCGAUCAUCUGAGCAAAAAGAAUUUCUGUAGAAAAUGCGGCGACAUGUUUUGUAUGAGAUGCUUAACCAAGCAAAUGGUACUGCCUGGACAUUUGUCGCAAAAGCCGGUACCAGUUUGCAAACCUUGUUUUGAUCAUUUAAGUAGUUUGGAUGCUUAAAUGUUGCACAACGUGAGAUUUAGCAAAUGUUUUUGCUCUUAUUAAACUAGGAGAUUUCCACAAAUAUAUCCAGUAAGUUAGAGCCAUUUGCACAUAACAUAAAACCGCUAGUCUCGCUUGGCCGUCAUCUGAAUUUCUGGCUACUUUUAGUCAUAAAAUCCCGAUACUCCAAGUAGAAACUGAAUAAUUACUAGUCAUUUUUAUUUAUUUCUAUAUUGAAUUCGUCCGCAUUUUGGUCAGAAAGGCGCUUUAUAAGUUGAAAAAUGGAUUAUGUGAAAAUCAUAAGCCGUUUAAAAAACGGCGCACAAGAUACAAUUCCGAGUGGCUCAACAGAUUCCAAUUUGGGCGGAAGUUUUAUUAUACAGUAUAUUUUACCUUUUAUGCAAAGUUGUGCUCUCUUCUUCUGUCAUUUUCUAUUAAAAAGAAACUACCUAUGCAUUUAAUCCGCUUAAUCAAACUUGAAUCAUGAAAAACCUAUCGGUUGUUAUGAUCUGAUUUUAGAACUACCCAGUGUUUUCCUCGAAUCGACUAAAUACAGUAUGUCUAUAUAAACUUCUUCUACAACGACUUUUAGACCAUACAGAACUUAAAAGUUAAUUUUAAAAUUAAUUACAAAAAACUUGUUUAUAUAUUUUGUUAAUUCCGGGAAAUUUGCGUGCGCUUCUGAAUGAGUUAUUAAUUACCGACUAGUAACCUUUUCAAAAUGGUCCCAUUUCCACUAAAUUAAUGUAAAUGUGCGCUCUUUUGAGAUAAGUGGGUAGGUUAGAAUAAGCCAAAUUGGUGCAAAUCAACUAAUGAAAUUAGUUAAAAUUAUUCGUUUGAGAUUUUAUGUUACUUUAUCUUUAAACAACUGAUGUUAUUAUGUUAAUAUUUUUAUUAUGUUGGUGAACUGAUGUAUAAAUAAUACAUAAGUCAAGAGCGGGCAUCCAUAUACUGACAAUCGGUUUUUCUGGGGAUUUUGUAUUAUAAUCACAGAGAAAUGUUUGAGGCAAAAUGAUCAAAACAAUCGGAUUAUAUCAACAGUAUUAUUUAUUUAUUAGUACAGAUUUGUAGAUAUAGAUCUUAAAAUUCAGAAACUGUUGUUUUGGAAAAUCAGAAAUAUAUCCAGGGUUUAUUUGUUACUAUGUAAGAAUAUGAAAAAUUGCACUAAAAACUAUAAAACAUAUAUAUGAAUGUACUUUUUAGUGACUUGUUAAAUAUAAGUGGGCUUCUUCAUGUUGCAAAAAAAUCGA